AAGUUAUUUCUCCCCUGAGUUCUGCAGAUUAAUCGAAAUGGAUUCGAUACAAGUAAACAUGAACAUGUCGGAGACCUGCCGUCUCUGCCUAGAAGGUCAAAACCCGAACAGCACCCCAAUGGUGGUGGAGGAUGACGACUUCCGGCGGAAGGCUGAUCGUAUUUUCUUCUUCAGGGUGGCUCGAAGUCAAGAUAUUCCGACAAUGAUCUGUGAAUCUUGUAUCAAAACGGUGUCCGGGUUCUAUGACUACGCAAAGUUGGUUAAAAAAAAUCAGGAAUUCAUAAUGACAACGCUAGUUCCUACGUCCUCAUCCGAUUCUUUGGAAGGUGUUGCUUCGAGUGAAACACUGGGAACCGCCGAUGAUGACGGUAUGGUAAAAAUGGAAUGCAUGGUGAAAAAAGAACCGGACGAUGUGGAAUGGGUUGAACUGAGCACGUACUGUGAGGCAACCAUUGGUGGGGAUCGCUCAACAGAUGAAGGCAAAGAGGACAUACAUGACUCGGAAGCUUUCGAUCGCAAGGUAGAUCCGGAGUGGACUCCAUUGGAAAUGUUUCGCGAAGGAGACGAUGAUGAUGACGAUGACGAUGAUGCAUCUGACGAUUCUGAUUCAGAUGAAAAGCCAUACUUCGAGGACGAGGAGUAUUUAGACGAAGUAAAACCGAAGAGAAAGUACAAAACAAAGGAUAGCUCAAACAAAAAGGCAAAAACUGAUGCCAAACCUCGGAAGCCGGACGGUCCUAGCAUAGAUGAACUCGUUUUGCAACAUUACAAGCUUUCGUGUGAUUUGUGUUCGGAACCGCUGGAGGAUUUUACAGAAUUGCGAAAGCAUUACAAAUAUGUUCAUGAUGAGCAGGGUUACUUGAAAUGCUGUAACAAGAAGAUAUUUAAGAAAUGUUGGAUGAUCGAGCACAUACAGCUUCAUCUUAACCCGGAUGCAUUCCACUGCGAUAUUUGCAACAAAAGUUAUAGUUCCAGCAAAGUACUGAAAGAGCAUACCAAAGAAGUGCACUCGCCAAAUGAAAGUCGUCCCUUUAAGUGCGAUGUCUGCCUGAAGCCUUUCGUAUCGAAUGCCCAUUUGAAUGCCCACAUAAUGGUAGCCCAUGGGUCCGUCCCAUGUCCGCAGUGUCCCAAGGUUUUGGCGUCGCAGGGCUCAUUGAAGAAGCAUCUCGUGGCAAUGCACGGUGACGGGGAGCAGCACGUUUGUGAAGUCUGUGCUCGGGUGUUUCGAUCGAAGCAGUGCUUCGAUACGCACGUGAAGGGUCACUUGGGAACGCGUACGGAGAACCGUGUCCAAUGCAGUGUGUGUUCCGUUUGGCUGACAGACAAAUACUGUCUCACAAAACAUGUCCGCCGGAUGCACAUCCAGCCGGAGGUAGCGCUGUCGUGUGAGUUGUGCAGCAAGCAGGUGCGCAACCAGGACGCCCUGAAUUGUCACAUGCGCCGGGCGCACACCGAGAGCCGGUUCGAGUGCGAUGUUUGUCAUAAAAAAUUCAAACGGCCGCAUCACAUGCGGGAACACGUUGCAAUUCACCACACAGGAGAGCAUCUGUACGGCUGUAACCAUUGUCCUGAGCGUUUCAAUACCAAGAACAAACAGUACAUGCACCGAAAGACUGCCCACCCGAUCCAGUGGGAAGAGGAGAUGCGCAAGCGAGUCAUGAAGGACGCCUAGGGAUUUCUAGAUUUAGGAUCGGUAACCAAAAGUUUUUUUUUUCAGAGUGUGUAAAUAAUAAGCAAAAUAUCUGAUCAACGUAUUGUCUUACGAAACUCAAUAAAACUUUUAAAACAUAACAAA